AUGUCGGUGCCGCACGAACAGUGGAGGGCGGAAGACUUCGUCGAGGAAGACAUGGUUUACGCGUGCAUUGACGUGCUCGUCAUGGACGCCCUACACCACCUGCAAACCUUGGAGAAAGAACAGCACGCUGAGAUGGCAGCGAGAGUGGAGGCGACGCUCUACCGGGAGACGGAGCUGAGCAUCAUGCGGGAGAUAUCGGUUGUCAGAUCGGAGGUGCGGUUCAUAAUUCGCACCAAGAACGAGCGGGACAUCAACAACCGCGAGAUCACACUCCCCGACAUCUUCUUGUACCGACUGGCGAGCACCUCGUCGGUGAACCCAGAGAACCAGCCGGUCGUCAUGGUGAUCGCUGCGCGGAACUCGAAGACAUCCAAGGAUGCGCGUCUUCAUCAGAGCUACGCGGCGUGGCACCUCGAAGCGGAGUUGUGUGCCGUCGGCAAGUCCGGCCUGCGAUUGCACUUCAUCCUCGACCAGAUUGGUCAGUUUCACGGCGCUGACUUCCUUCCGCCGCUGGACACCUCCGAGCGCGAGCGGUGGUACAAGAAGCAUCUCUUCUUCGCCCGCAACGACGCCGAACAAAAUGAGCUUUCUGCGGCAAGCCACCAACGCUGGACGCGGCAAAUGUGGGACACCAACAAGGUGUUCCGCAAGAGGAACGUGCACGCCGCUCGAGCAGAAGGGGCCCAUGACCUAGCCAUCGAAGGCACGCCGCGCGCCGAGAUCGCGGAGCUGGGUCACUGGUCGCUCGACAAGAUGACGCGAGCGUACAUCACUGCCAUUCCGGUGGGGGUGGUGAUGAUGAAGGCCGGUUACUCUGGUUACAAGCAGGACUACUUCUUGGGUCGGAGUGGGGUGCCGCCCACCGAGAAGCUCCUGAAGCUCAUCGCCGAGCACAUCUUCCCCGCCGUCGGCGCCAUGCUGAAGAAGGCGGAACAUCUUGCUGCCAAGGGGUCCGACGCCGACAAAGCCGCCGUGCACUUCUGGCGUACCCUCCAGAUGCUGCGCCGCAUCGUCGCUGAGGACCUAGCGUACUACAACAUGUCCCUCAAGGAGACGCUGAAGUACGAGAUUGAGCGCUCUGCCAACAAGAAGAUUGACUUCCAGAAGGAGUUCGAGAAGCACGACGGCACCAUCGCAUCGCUCACCGCCGAGAUAACCCGUCUCAUCGAGGCACUCCCUCCCUAG